AUGAACCCCCUACGAGAUGCAGGUGUGCCUGGUCACGUCCUUCAACUUCUGGAUCGCCUGCACGCAGCAUCUACUGCACAAGAGUCUGAAUUGGACAUCACCGCAUUUGCAUCCGAUGCUAUACACGACGCUACACGCGACGCAUUCAUUGCUCUAGACAAAGAGAAGUGUCAAUUUGUCUACCAAUUAGCGCGGGCAAUUAACGCCAGAUGUGUCGUGGAAGCCGGCACUAGCUUUGGGGUUAGCACUAUAUAUCUCAGUCUAGCCGUCAAUGCGAAUUUGCAAGCUUCUGGUGGCAAGGGCGUCGUGAUAGCGACAGAGCAUGAGCCAGCCAAAGCUGCGCAAGCUCGUAAAUACUGGGCGGAGGCUGGAGCGUCAGUAGCGCAAAACAUCGACCUCCGAGAAGGCGAUUUGCUACAGACGCUGAGGGAAAAUGUCCCCAAGAUAGAUCUACUUCUUCUAGAUAGCGGGUCUUCGAUUCCACCAAUUCGCCGUACGAACGCCUCAGAACCGCCAAACAACUCACGUCACGCGGUUGAAGGAGGUGUGACGGUUGCGGAGGCUUACAAAUUGGAACGGUACCACCUUCAGCGUAAAGCUUGUCGAAUUGAGGUGUCAAAUGGCUACCAUGUCAGCUGA